UCCGCGCGGGUGUAGUGACCGGCGGGGCCCGGCGCCCUCGGGCCAUGGCGACCCAGGCGAAGCGCCGGCGGGUGGCGGGGCCUGCGGGUGCCGGCGACCCGGACCCGGACCCGGUGGCCGGCUUCCUGAGCUGGUGCCGGCGGGUGGGGCUGGAGCUGAGUCCCAAGGUGGCGGUGAGCCGGCAGGGCACGGUGGCCGGCUACGGCAUGGUGGCCCAGGAGAGCGUGCAGCCCGGGGAGCUGCUGUUCGCGGUGCCGCGGGCCGCGCUCCUGUCGCAGCACACCUGCUCCAUCAGCGGCCUGCUGGAGCGAGAGCGAGGCGCGCUGCAGAGCCAGUCGGGCUGGGUACCGCUGCUGCUGGCGCUGCUGCACGAGCUGCAGGCCCCGGCCUCGCCCUGGAGCCCCUACUUUGCCCUCUGGCCCGAGCUGGGCCGCUUGGAGCACCCGAUGUUCUGGCCAGAGGAGCAGCGCCGGCAAUUGCUGCAGGGCACAGGCGUACCUGAGGCCGUGGAGAAGGAUUUGGCCAACAUCCGCAGCGAGUACUAUUCCAUCGUGCUGCCCUUCAUGGAAGCCCACCCUGAUCUUUUCAGCCCCAGGGUUCGCUCCCUGGAACUCUACCACCAGCUGGUAGCUCUUGUGAUGGCCUACAGCUUUCAGGAACCACUGGAGGAAGAGGAGGAUGAAAAGGAGCCAAACUCUCCUUUGAUGGUGCCUGCUGCAGACAUACUAAACCACUUAGCCAAUCACAAUGCCAAUCUAGAAUACUCUCCAAAUUGUCUUCGGAUGGUGGCCACUCAGCCCAUUCCUAAAGGCCAUGAGAUUUUCAACACUUAUGGGCAAAUGGCUAAUUGGCAACUAAUUCAUAUGUACGGUUUUGUUGAACCAUAUCCUGACAACACGGAUGACACAGCUGACAUUCAGAUGGUGACAGUUCGUGAAGCAGCAUUACAGGGAACAAAAGUUGAAGCUGAAAAGCUCCUACUGUAUGAACGCUGGGAGUUCUUAUGCAAGCUGGAGAUGGUAGGGGAAGAGGGAGCCUUUGUGAUUGGGCGGAAGGAAGUGCUGACUGAAGAGGAACUGACUGCCACACUCAAGGUACUGUGCAUGCCUGCUGAGGAGUUCAGGGAGUUUAAAGACCAGGAUGGAUGGGCAGAUGAUAAAAAGGAAGAGGACAGCCUGACAAUCACAAAUAUCCCCAAGCUCAAAGCAUCCUGGAGACAGCUUCUGCGCAACAGUGUUUUGUUGACCCUGCAAACCUAUGCGACAGACCUAAAAGCGGAUCAAGAUUUACUCAGUAAUAAGGAGGUCUACGCCAAACUCAGCUGGAGGGAACAGCAGGCCUUACAGCAGUGUGAAGUUUGUUCUAGAUGGCACAACUCACCCUUAUUCAGGGAAGAAACCCUAAGACACCAAUGACAUUCAAGCCCCACUCAUGUAAGAAAGAAAGUUUUCUACCAUUUAAUCUUGAACCUUUUUGUCCUCUCUGGCCAUAAAACUUGACAGUCAUUAAAGGUAAGGUAUUAAGUGGAAUGAGUUUUAAAUAGAUACUUAUUUUCUUUUAAAAAUUAUAUCAAAACACCCUGAGGGUAAAGGAUAUUUAAAAAUGGGGGGGGGGGAUUUUGUGAUUCAGUUUAACCAUAGACGCCUGCUCCAGCAAUAUUCCACUGUUGAAAAGAACAGGUAGAAACUCUAUAGUGCCAGGUGGUUAGUACCAGUGGGAAAGAUCUACCAGUCAAGUUGCUGGUGUUUCCCAGUGGCCCUGGGCUCUGCAAGGCUGGGCUGUCCACGUUCCUCCUCACCACCAGCACUGGUUGCUGCUACUGAGAAAGGCACAGUGGACUCGCAUGUGUGUCAUGACUUUAAUGUUUAACUACAGUAUGCAAACACAUACAGGAAGUAGGGGAGCUAAAGCCCAGGAACUAGAAAGGCUACAAGAUACAACACAGGGACCAAUACAUUUACAAAACAUUCAAAAUCCUUACAAAAGGGGUUGUAUUGGUCCUUUUGACUUUGUUGUUCCACUUAGCCUGUAUGGCCAUUCACUGGAAUAACAGGGGAGGGCAAUUCAUACUAUUUGGUUCCCUUUCCUUUUCCCACAAUUUACAAUUAUCAGGAGAGAGAUGGGGGAGCUUUAGGCCUGGUAUGGUUUCCCUUUAUAAAAAAGAGCUGACUGCAUCUCACAGGGCCCAAGGUGGUAGGUUCUCCAGCAG